GAAAGCGAUCUCCCGGUCGGGUCUCCAGCACCUCGGCCCGCCACAACCCUCGCUGCCACCUGUGUCCAACGGGCCCAACAAGGAUCUCCGGACCUUCGUGGACUGGACGGAGAACGCGGUGAACGGGGAUCACCUGUGGAUGGAGACGAGUUGUUCAGGAGAGCUCUGUUACCUUGGAGAGGACACCUGCCUCCUGAAGACCGCAGUGGGGUGGAUCCUGUCCACUCUCGAUGAGCUGCAGAUGAACCCCCAGCCUCCGGUCGCUGUUCUUCCUCUGGGAACAGGAAAUGACCUCGCCAGGACGCUCAACUGGGGUGGGGGUUACACAGACGAGCCGGUGUCCAAGGUUUUAUGUCACGUGGAGGACGGUUCGGUGGUGCAGCUGGACAGGUGGAACCUGCUCGUGGAGAAGAGUGCUGUGCAGCCAGAGGAGGGCACGCAGAAGCUGCCUCUCAACGUGUUCAACAACUACUUCAGCCUGGGCUUCGACGCUCACGUCACCCUGGAGUUCCACGAGUCCAGAGAGGCCAACCCAGAAAAGUUUAACAGUCGCUUCCGCAACAAGAUGUUCUAUGCAGGAGCUGCGUUCUCAGAUUUCCUCCAGAGGAGCUCCAGGGAUUUGUCCAAGCACGUCAGAGUGGUGUGUGACGGUACCGACUUAACCCCUAAGAUCCAGGAGCUGAAAUUCCAGUGCAUUGUGUUUCUGAACAUUCCCAGCCAUCCCAGUCGGCAUCGUGGUGGUGAGGGGCGACUGUGACCUGGAGACAUGCAGACUCUAUAUUGACAGACUACAAGAGGACUUACACCAGGCGCCAUCUACUGGCCACAGAGUGCACUAUCAGGAUGAGAGCAGAGGAGUCCCCAGGACCAGUUCAACCAGUAGACUCUCUCCCAACUGGAGCUUCUUGGACUCCACGUCAGCUGAUCGCUUCUAUCGCAUCGACAAGGCUCAGGAGCACCUCCACUUUGUGACAGAAAUCUGUCAGGACGAGGUUUUUAUCCUGGACCACGAGGGACCGGUGGUGAGCCAGGGAGCUACCACGGGGAUGCCCGAUCUGGUUGUGGAACCAAUCACUGGCACUUCUUUGACAUCCGAUGAACAAGUGCUGCUGACGGCUGCCAGCUCUGGAGAUCUCUCUAUGCUGUUGGAGUGCGUUCGUCGAGGCGUCAGCUUGUUGGUCAGAGACUCUGGAGGUUGUUCGGCCUUACAUAAAGCCGCCCAGAACGGACACACGGAGCUGGUCAGCUACAUCCUGCAGCAGGGCUCCAAGGUGCUCCUGGAUUUGACAGACAGAGAGAAAGGAGACACCGCGUUGCACAAAGCAGCCUCAGAGAAGCAGCACGCUGUGUGUCGGUUGCUGGUGGAGGCCGGGGCGUCGCUGCAGAAGACCAACUUCCAG